AUGGUCUUCGUGCUCUCGAGUAUUCUCAGCGUCUUGGCAUUCAUCAGCGGCCUGUUGCCUAUGCCUCCUGUGGAAAUGGCAUUUUCAGCUCAUUCAACACCUGCAGCCCCUUACUUCGUCAUUUACAGCGACAAGUGGAUCUCCGGUGAGACCGGUCCUCCUGCAGUCAGCGAAGUCACGGGGUAUAACGUCUUUGCCCUCUCGUUCUGGCUUAUCUCCGGCCCAGCUGAUCAAGCUGAAGAGUGGACAUUGAUUGACAAUGCCACACGAGCAUCUUACUUGACAUCAUACCACGAUGCCGGGAUUUCUCUUAUUGUAUCUGCUUUCGGGUCCACGGAUGCGCCUACGACUGAGGGAUAUGAUCCUACUACCAUCGCCAAUGAUCUUGCGGCCUUCGUGUUGGAAUAUGAUCUUGACGGUGUCGAUAUUGACUACGAAGAUUUUAAUGCCAUGAAUGCAGAGAAUGGAUCUGCAGAAACUUGGCUGACUACGUUCACCGAAGCUCUUCGUGCUCAGCUUCCGCAAGGCCAAUACAUUUUAACCCACGCACCUGUUGCUCCAUGGUUCUCCACGUCGUACACUAGUGGUGCUUAUUUGACGGUCAACAAGAAUGUUGGAUCGUUAAUUGAUUGGGCGAGUGAGAAGAUCACUGGAAUUUUUUGUGAGCUCAUUCGCCACCUUACAUUCUACAAUCAGGGUACAACUGAGUACACAACGUGUACUGGCCUCCUUACGGAAUCAUCCACGACAUGGCCAGAUACUUCACUCUUCCAGAUUGCAGCAGCAGGAGUUAGUUUAGACAAGUUAGUGAUCGGCAAGCCAGCCACUACUGCGGAUGCGACCAAUGGCUAUAUGAACACCACCUUACUCGCCCAGUGUGUGGACACCGCCUAUCAACAAGGAUGGGAUGCUGGUGUUAUGGUGUGGGAGUUUCCCGACGCUGCAGCGGCCUGGAUUGAAGCUGUGCGAGCGCUCGCAUUCCCAGAAUAA